AUGCCAGUCAUCACCAACACCUCUGAAGAGCCCUUCUACUUCAUUCUUAUGGGCAUUCCAGGUUUUGAGGCCAUGCACAUUUGGAUCUCGAUCCCCUUCUGCUGCCUAUACAUGAUCUCCAUCUUGGGAAAUACCACCAUCCUGGCUGUCAUUCAGACAGAGCCCUCACUUCACCAGCCCAUGUAUUUGUUCCUCUCCAUGCUGGCACUAACUGACCUAGGCCUCACUCUCACCACACUGCCCACUGUCAUGCAGCUACUUUGGUUCAAUGUCCGAGAGAUUAGCUUUGAGGCCUGCUUUGCCCAGUUUUUCUUCCUUCAUGGCUUCUCCUUUAUGGAAUCCUCAGUGCUAUUGGCUAUGGCUUAUGACCGCUUUGUUGCCAUCUGCCGCCCACUCCACUAUGCUUCUAUCCUCAUGGAGAACAUCAUUGGCAGAAUUGGGAUAGCCAUCAUCAUUCGAUGUGUUUUGGCAGUGCUACCCUCACUUUUUCUGCUUAAGCGUCUGCCCUUUUGUCACUCCCGGCUCCUCUCCCACUCCUACUGCCUCCACCAAGAUAUGAUCCACCUGGUUUGUGCUGACACACGGGUUAACAGCUGGUAUGGGUUUGGACUGGUAUUGCUUAUUAUUGUGCUUGACCCUCUCCUCAUUUUGGUCUCCUAUGGGUUAAUCCUACACAGUGUCCUUGGCACUGCAAGCCAGGCUGAGCGAUUUAAGGCCCUUAACAACUGCUUAUCCCACAUUUUAGCUGUACUCAUACUAUAUGUGCCCAUGGUAGGGCUGUCUAUGGCUCACCGCUUUGCCCACCAUGCACCCCCCCUGGUUCAUGUGAUCAUGGCCAAUGUCUACCUGCUAUCACCCCCUGUGAUGAACCCAAUUAUCUACAGUGUGAAAACUAAGCAGAUUCGCCAAGGAAUCCUCCGCCUCCUUUAUCAAGGGAAGGUGCACUAG